AUGAGUUGUCAUGGCAACUGGCAACAAACAAACUUGUACACUUGAUUAAUUUUAUUAAAAAGUUUAUCCACUUUCAAUUACCUUAUUGGUUAUGGUAGAAAUUCAAUUAAAUUAGAACCAAUCACGUAAAGGACAGUCCUUUUUUCGUAGAAUGACUGAAAAGAACAUGCUGAAUGGCAAAUGUAAAAAAUAACGUAAACAUUGGAUUUCUUUGAGAUUUUGAUAAGAGAAAUUAGUUAAUUAUGACAGACUUUCUUAGGAAAAUUAUGUGUUUAGUCAUGAAUGUUCAGUGAAAGCAAGCUAUUCGGCAAUGUGAUGCUGCAACAUGCCAAAAAUUAUUGAGUUAACAGUGGAAAUUGAUGUACAAAGAGUUUCUUGUCCAGGUGUCUGGCUGUGCCAAGAUGGCCGCGUCUCGCUCACUGUUUUCGCUCUUGGCACCAGCUACCAGACUUGUUUGCUCCCACCCGUCUUUCCCCUCAUGUUCAAAGAUGUUUUUUACUUCCGCAAACGUUUUCAGGAGACAUGUGCGCUUAAUAACAUUUGCUGUUUGCUUAAAGAUGAAACUAUAUACUGUGAACUAGUGCAGUGGUCUGACGACUGCGCAUCAGGCGAAUGUACGAUCUUGGCUCAAUACCUCGGCGCUCUCAACGACGUCCUGUUCCCGCCGAACAUGUGCUCCAGUGACGGCGUAGAUCUGCUCAUGAGGAGGUCUAAAGACUUCCCUGGUAUCCUAUCUCCGAAAAUAGAGAUAGCAACAAAAGUCCGUAUAGACGAGGUGUGGAACCAAGGUUCCUCAGACCCACCGGUGGUGAAAAUGAACGCUUGUCACUGUUCACCGCGAGACGACUCGAAAAGGCAAAAGCAGGUCUGCCAUUCGGCCAAGUACCAUCGGACCAAGUGCACUAAACAAGGAUUGUCACCAACAAGGUCGAGGUCGAGGUCAGUGUCGACUGGGUCAAGGUCGUGUUGCAGUUUGUCACCUAAAGAUCUCAACAACGGUUGCGGAUGUCCCAACCCGCACAAGCCGCCAGCUAAUAAUGCUUGUGGGAAUGGGGCCUCGCGGAGCCCUCGCCGCUGUCGUGAGUUCUGCGUCUACAACGUGCAGACUCAGUCCGACGCGUGGCCCAAUCUGCCACAGGCAGAGAUAACUAACGAAAACGAGUUUGAUGAUGAAGUUAGGAGAUCGAUGAGUGGCACAGAUAAAUCUUUUUUGAAUACCAUCGAAAAUGACACUCAAGACGGAUACCACAAGACUUUACUGGAGAGCCAGUUCAUCGACCGGAACAGGUGUACCAACGUGACCACGAAAGACAAGACAAAGAAAUUCCCUAAACCCAAGAUAUCCCCCUGUGUCUGUCAGAUAUGUAAAAGGUACCAUGAACUCUUUCAUAUGAAAGGUAGAACUGGAUAAAAUUUGAAAAAAAAAAUACUCAAAAAAUAUUAAUUUGUCAUUUUCUGCUAAAUAUUCAAUUAAAUAUUGAAAUGUUACAAGAAAAUACAUAUGCAGGUUAAUAUUAUGCUAUUUUUGUUUUUAGUUUAGCAGAACAUGUUCUGGAAAUUUACUGUAUACAUAAUACCUUUGAAUGUGAAUUGUUAAUAUUUGAUUGUUUCAAUUUGGGGUAAUAUUCCUGUGAAGUAUGCUUAUACAAUCUUCCACUACCUCUUUAAAAUCAUGUUUUCUUACAUAUUUUUAUGAUAACAUCCUCUAGGAGUUUAUCAUAUAUUUUUUUGUAUUUUAUUUUUUAUUUUUACUAUCAGAUAAUACGGCUGAGCGAAAUAUUUGUACAUAAUUGUUAUAUAAACACAUUUUAUUUCAUAUUUACAUAUGAACUCACUUAUAGCACAAAACGGUA